AUGCCUUCAAUCUCGACAGUCCUGCUUGUCCAGCUGCUUGCUGCAAACGCCAUCUUGGCAGCACCAUUGAAUGGUAAGGCAACCCUCUUCCAACCCAGGGCACCAGUGGUGACAAUGCAAGCAGGAGCGAAUACUUACCUUCAUGCUGGCCCAGACUACGUCAACUACGCCGAGAAGAGGGACACUGCCGUCGAGGACGCAGCUGACUACCUCAACUACGCCGAGAAGAGAGAAGACGCUGCUGCCGACUAUCUCAACUAUGCCGAGAAGAGAGACGCCGUGGCAAAGGACGAAGCCGCCGAUUACAUCAACUACGGCGAAAAGAGGGAUGCCGUGGCCAAGGAUGAAGCCGCCGACUACCUGAACUACGCCGAGAAGAGGGACGACGCCGCCGCGGACUACCUCAACUACGCCGAGAAGAGAGAAGACGAUGCUGCCGACUAUCUCAACUAUGCCGAGAAGAGGGACGCCGUGGCAAAGGACGAAGCCGCCGAUUACAUCAACUACGGCGAAAAGAGGGAUGCCGUGGCCAAGGAUGAAGCCGCCGACUACCUCAACUACGCCGAGAAGAGGGACGCCGUGGCCAAAGAUAAUGUCAUGGCCAAAGAAGAGGCUGCGGACUACCUCAACUACGCCGAGUAG